GUCAGCCGGGUCCGAAAGAUCACCACAAACGUUCAUCCGAGUUGUAUGCGGUCGUCGUCGUCUUGGAGGCUUUUUGUUAUCCUUUUCUGCCCACCGUGCCACCCUCCCUUUUUACACUUGCAUGACAGCGCGCCAUGCCGGUCCUCCCGGUGCGCCGGGUGUUCAAUGUUUGGUGACAUGUCUGGUAAUAUGCUACUCCUUUUUCUCUUUCCUGCCGUCGCGCGCCAGAAUCUUGUUCUUACCCCGUAAAUGCGUGCGCUCUCGAGUCUUCGGGACUUCGUGUCAAAGUUAUGAGACUUCCUCGAGCAUUGCUUCUCGGUUUUCCCCCCAGAUACCAACGGUUACGCCACGUAGAGAAUGGCCCGGCGCGGCAUUACUAGGGUGAAGACUGGAUGUGCAACUUGCAAAACACGCCGCAUAAAGUGCGACGAGAAGCGCCCGUCCUGCUCGCGAUGUCUCUCCACGGGCCGCCGAUGCGACGGCUACAGCUCCCCGCCCUCGAACGCAUACUGGUGGGCCCAAAUGCUCCGCUCCCGUCCUCGGCCGAUGAGCACCACGACGCUCCCGAACGUCGACAACUCGGCCGCCGCCGGCCGCGCAAUGCACUUUUACCACACCGUCGCCGCGCCGGCCCUGACCGGGUCACUGAGCGAGACGUUCUGGCGCGCCGUGGUCGUGCAGGUGUCGAGCCGGGAGCCCGUCGCCGGCCACGCCGUGCUGGCGCUGGCCUCCCUCUACGAGACCUUCGCCACGGGCGCCCGGAGGCCGGCGCCGUUCGCCGUGGGGCACUACAACAAGGCCAUCGGGCUACUGCGCUCGACGAGGGAUCCCGCGUUGGUGCUCUUCGUCUGCGUGCUCUUCAUCUGCAUCGAACUCCUCCGAAACAACCCCCGGAACGCCAUCGCCCACUGCCGGCACGGCAUCAACAUCCUCAACGAGGUGCAGGCCGAGUCCGACUUCCUCCGACAUCAUGUUGUGCCUGCCAUGCACCAGCUGAGCCUCGCGCCCUACUGUUAUGACGCCGACCCCAAGACAUUCCCGACGAUCAACAGGCCAGUCCCGUCCGCAGGCGCACGCCUCGAAAGCGUCGUAGAGGCACGCAUGCGACAGAUAACUAUACAGAUCCGAACGGCGCGCUUUUUGCAGACCGGCGAAGAGAGGCGCUUGGCGGCGGGUUACGAGGGGCCCGAGCCAGACAGGGUACGGACUCAAAAGUCCAUACUGGUGGAUCUGGACAGCUGGCACAGUGCAUUCCAAGCUCUGAAGGCUGCCCAUCAGCUCGACGAUAAAGAGCACGCUGUGCUGUGCCUGCUGGAGAUCCGGUAUAUCCUGAACAGGACCCUACUUCUGCUGUCAGAAACGACAUCGGAGAACGAAUACGACGCUUACAUGGAUGACUAUCGCGCCGUCGUCGACUUGGCAGCCAGAGCGACAGCAUCUCCCGGCGACGGCGGCCCAUCACGGACGACACAAUUCUACACGGAUGAUUCGGCCAUCGAGUUGAGCUUCGGCCCCCUCCUGUACUUGGUUGUCUCCAAGUGUCGCUCUCUGACCGUGCGGAUCGCGGCCUUGAAGUUGAUGGAGCAGCUGGCGCGGCCGAGGGUCAACAUCUGGGUCAAGUCUAUCACGGGAGCGGUGGCCCGGCGGAUAAUUGAGGUUGAGCACCAAAUCUCUCUAGGCGAUUUGGACAUGAGCAACUUCGUCGAUGAUGGAGAACUCCCACCGGAAGAGAGACGGGUUAUAAGUGUCGACUUCCGUUGGGCGGCCGACACGGAGAGCGGCGGCUCGUUGAGGCAAGUCGGUUUCCUCUUCAGAGACCCUGGCAGUGGCAAGAUUAUAUCAAGAGGCGAAUGGAUCAACGUAGAACACUAGUCAGGGACGUCUAGAUACUUGACAAAGGUCGAAGCAGUCGAGAAGAAAUCGGCCGUGUACGUGACUUGUGGACACUGUCAGCCCCGCUCACUGAUAACGGAGAAAACAGUAGUCAAUUGGGAAACAAAAAUCCUCUGGAAGUAGUAUCUUUCGCCUAGUCUCGGCAAAAUCGAUGUUUUCAUAAUC